UGCGUGUGACGAGUAGCCGCUGUAUAAACUCACAACAACCAGAUUCCGUUUACAGAUGAGUUUUUGAAGACCAUAUUUUUACUAAAAAAAAUGUCAGGAGCGGAACAUGAGGCAAAACACGAGGCAAAAAUGGUAUCUAUACCCUUAUCCUCAGAUGACGAAGUCACUUCUGGAGGAUUUUAUAGAAAUAGUAGUCCCAGUCAUCACAUGGAAAGAGGAGAUAAUGUAACUGUAUCAGGCAAUGUUGAUGAGGAGGACGCAGAAGAAAAAGCAAGAAUCAUAUCUGAAGUGCUAGAACUACAAAACACCCUAGAUGAUCUAUCACAAAGAGUUGACGCCAUUAAAGAUGAGAACUUGAAGCUGAAAUCAGAAAACCAGGUUCUUGGGCAGUACAUAGAAAAUCUUAUGUCAGCUUCAAGCGUAUUUCAACCUACUAACACUGGCAGUAAAAAAAGGCAAGGCACAAGCAAAUCAGCUUCAAAGAAAGGAGAGAAAAGAUAGAUUUACAUCUAUAUGACAUUCAAUGUCUUUUGUAAAUAAUAGCAGAAUGUUAUUUAAACGAAGUGACAGAAACAGCAUUAUGUACAAUACCUGAUCACUCAAAAAUAAAAUGUAGAAAUGAAUGGAA